CAUCUCGUUAAUCGAUAUGACACGUCACGGCAUGUUCAUCGACACAUGCAUGAAAAUGGGACUACCUGUAGUGUUAGUGUCAUAAAAUACGAUCCUGCGCUGAUAAAAGAUCGCACACAACUCCGCUGCUUCUUCUCCUAGUCUGCGCCACUGUCGUCUGCUUGUGGUUAGUAACUGUCACCUACCGAAGUCCUGGCUAGCCUUGGCACGUGACCUGUACAUGGCUGUCGCCGAGUCUCGUGCUGUGCCAGUCGAUGCUCCAGUUUGCGGCGUGUAGACAGGCAAUCUAACUUCCAAAGCCGAGAUUCAGCAGUAAAUAGCAGUAGGUUGCUGACUGGGUUAGAGGCCUAUACGGCUAUACAUAAACAUUCAUCACACACGCACAAAAGUGAAUGACAAGACCCGGAUGCCGCAGCUGUGUGUUGUACCUUGAUGAUGUCAUUGUACUUGUUCCAGGGACGUUGUACACAGUAUUGUAGAUCUGAAAACAGGCCGACAGUGUCAUGGCCCCACGAGACACGUGGCGCUAUUUGUGGCAUCGCAUGCGCCGCCGAAAGCUUCUUAACGAAAUGGAGACCCACACCAGCCUGCACCGCUGCCUGUCCACCUUACAGCUGACCGCCAUGGGCGUGGGCUCCACUGUCGGCGUUGGCAUCUAUGUCUUGCUCGGCGUGGUCAUCAGAGAUUAUGCUGGGCCUGGAGUGAUAUUUUCUUUCCUGCUGGCUGGCGUCAUCACGCUGCUCAUCGCUUUCGUCUUCGCCGAGUUCGGCUCGUACAUCCCCCACACGGGGGGCUGCUACACGUACGUAUACUUCGCUGUCGGCGAGCUUCCGGCAUUUCUAACCGGCUGGUUACAGUUGAUAACGUAUACGAGCUCUGGGGCGAUCGGAGCGAGGGCAUGGAGCGGACUGGUCGAUUCCCUCUUCAACAACACUAUCCAGACCUUUCUGGACGACAGAGUCGGCCGCCUCAACCUAGGGCCGCCCUUCUCUAACUCAUUGGACUGGAUGGCUAUGAUCUCUGUCCUUGUCAUCGCGUUGGUGGUGUCCUGCAACGUUCACUGCUCCUCCAUCAUCAACUCCGCGCUUGCGGUGCUCACGAUGGGCAUCCUUAUCUUCGUCACAGUCGCCGGCGUCAUCCUGGGCGAUGUCACCAACAUCAUCAACGCCGACCAGGGCGGAUUUUUGCCAUACGGGAUACAAGGCGUUAUCAUCGGCGCCUCCUCCUGCUUCUACGCCACUAGUGGCUGCGACAGCAUCUGUCUGGCGGCGGAGGAGUCGAAGGACCCGUCAAAGUCUGUCCCCCGGGCCAUUCUGCUGACAAUCGGCACAGUCACCAUUGUGUAUUGCGGGGCAGCUAUGGGUACACUCUUCCUCAUUCCUUACUCCAUCAUCGACCUGCGUGCACCGAUCCCCUCAGCCUUUGCAUACCAAGGGGUCACCUGGGCCAGAUACUUGGCGACGAUUGGUCCCAUCUUUGCCGUGACCAAUCUAAACAUACUGUCAAUGUUUUCCGUGUCGAGGAUAGCUUACCGCAUGGCGUCUGACGGGAUGUUUUUCAAAACGUUUGCUUACAUUCACCCACGGACAAAAAUUCCAUUGGUUGGGGUGCUGGUCUUUGGAGUUUUGUACGCAGUUGCUGCUUUUCUCCUGGACCUCAAGGGUCUCGUGCAGUUCACUGUCCUGUGCAUGCUGUCUCAGAGCAUCGUCUUAUUCCCAGCGUUAAUAGUUCUCCGAGCGAAGGGUCACAACGAGGAGACCGCAAAGCGGCUUUCGUCUGCAGAGGAAGAGCAGUCUGCGGGCCCAGAAAGACACUCAGAAAAUGAAUCCAGUAAUCAGCUUUCUGAUGAAGAGACACUGUUGUAUCAAUAUGACGGCGAAAUCCGGAACAACUUUAGUAGUGAAAGUAGUAGAACAAAAGCAUUAGGUGAUUCUGACGGAGACUUGGGUUCUGGAACUUUAAUGCAAGGCUUGAGGGCUGCAGAUACAGAUUGUGAAGAAUUGUUAGGGCUAAGAGCUCAACAGUUUGUGCAAAGAGCCAGUAACGAAAAUGAACCUAGUUUUGAGGGCGCAUUUUGCAGCAUGCCUACAAACACAAGGCCAGACAGGAAUCAAGAUUUUAGAGACAAACAUGACAAGACUCCUGGUAAACCUCAAAGCCAAAGACAGCUAAGAGCAGAGAAGAAAGAAAAGGGUAAAAAUCAGCAAAGCCAAUCUAGUAGCAUUCUGCACCAUUUCUCUAUUCUUCUGAACACGAAACUAGCGACGUCGUUGCUGGUGGUGUGUGUCGCUGUCCUGGCUAUCCAGUUUGGCUUGGGAUGGGAGGAACUUAAAAGUGGCAACUGGAUGGCUUUUCUGGCAACCUCUCUCCUGAUCUGCCUUAUCAUCUUCUUCUGCGAGGUGCUGCACUCACGCUGUGGACCUGUCCUUCAUGGCGGAUUUCAGGUUCCACUUGUGCCUUAUAUUCCCACGCUGUCAUGUUUCUGAGUGCUCUGCUGUUUGUUUCUGCUGCUGAUCUCAUGGGUCUCUUAGAGCUGCUGAUACUGGAUCGUUCUCGGUUUGGUUGCCUAUGUCUGCAUGGUUUUCACACAGAGAACCCAAAAUGGUGACCUCGGUAUGGCUUCACCAGAACCUACAGAACAGUAUGCUCUUCUCGCACAAGAGGAAAAUGUCUCAGAAGAGGAGUUCUAGCGCAAAGUUGAUUAAUGGGCUAGCUUUUGGGCAUUUGAUGCUGUGAGUGAUUUCUUGACAGAAAUGUACUUAAAAUCAUUCUAAACAUACAUAAAAUCAAUAAUCUGAUAUGUGGUAGUCACAAAAGUUUGCUUUGGUGAGGAGACUAGGAGACUAAUUUGGCACAAACUAAAUCAAAUCAAUAUUCAAUAGUUAUAAAAAGGAAUUCACCAUAACCCUCUCUAUUUUCAUAUCAGUUAAUGAACAACAAAGCAUGAAAGGAAAAGUGAAAAAAAUAUAUGAAAAAGAAGUGAAUUAGAAGGAAAAAAGUCACUAUCACAACAGCGAUAGAAAACUGUUAGAUGAAAUGUUUUCAUACUUGAAUAUUAGAAAAUAAAACAAAGAACACAG